AGCUUGCCUCGAACGCCCGGUCUCCAGCCUUGUACCGCACGAUAGCUCCUCUUCCUUGGCACCGCAUGGAGCGUCGAACAUCGAGCAUCGACCACCGACCAGCAUGUCAUCGGGAAAUCUCCCUCCGGGAUACAAUCCCAACCUGUUCGCUCCGGCCAACGGCGCGGCGCCGGUGGCCGCUCCCGGUGGGUACUAUCCGCAAACCGAUUUUUCGCCGCCCCUGGCUUCCGCGUCUGCCUCGGUGUCUAGAAACGGCGUGACGGGAUCACAAUCGACUUCCCAUCCAAAGAGCAGCAAGGCCCAGUCCGUCAGCAAGUCGGGAAUCCAGAAGCUAUCGAAAUCCAAGUCGUCUUCYGGCGGCGGGGCAAAGGCAUCGGCGGGAGGCAUCGGCAGCGGAAGCAGCAAGUCGUCGUCGAAAGCGAACGGCGGGAGCAACAAAUCGGGCGCGUCGUCGGUUUCCACCUCCAGGCAGGUUCCCGGAAACACGUCGCUGGAGUUCAACACGGCGAAACAAAACCAGAUGCUCACGCAGUGCGAUUACGUCGAUCGAACCAUCUGGGCGACCCGUGUGCUGUGGGGAGGAAACGCCGUCAACGGCUUUUUGCGGGCGACGGCCACCGCGCAGCGCAUCAAGAAGCAGCGGGCCCGGCAGAACAAUUCCACSAAGAUGAGCCGGGCCGCAAAGGCGGCCAAUGCCUCUGGCGGCGGUGCUGCCGCCGGGGAAGACGACAAGAAAGGGGGGGCGGCAAUGGGAUCGGCUGGUUUGCUCGCCGCAAAGUCCAAUUCCUCCGGCAUCGGCGGUGGCAGCAUGGGCGCCAAAACGAAGGAGGUCUUCAACCAAAAGGAGGAAGAGCUCCUCAAGAAGGAGAUCAUGAAUCCCAGAACCGCAAAGAAACUCAAGGGAGAACUGGAGGCGGGCCUCACCUUUUGUGCGACCGUCUGCAACGUCUUGAGAGGUGUGUUGUUCGACAUCGAUCCCUCGCUCUCGCCCUCCCUGCCGCCACACCUAAACCUGCAGCACGAAAAAYCACCGCCCGCUCACACCUUUCUGGUGCCCUCGCCUCCUACCGCGGGAUCGCAGCACCAGCGAUCGUCGGGUGCGACGGGGGGCGGCACGGGCAACACAAAGGCAACCAAGGGAGGUUCCAAAUCCAAAAAUGCGUCGGGCACCGCCACGUCGAAGGGAGGUGCUUCCGCCAAAAACUCGGCGGUUUCCAAGCAGCAGCCACAGCAAGCGGCCGCGGCGCCAACCACAAAAAAGUCCGCCGGCGACCCCGGCAGUUCCACGCUCCGGCGACUCCGCAAAACCAGCAGAAAGAACAAGUCGCAAUCGAUUGCCAAAGAGCCGGGCUUUGCCAAUCUCCCGCCCGAGGUCGAUCCCUCGAACGGCAACAAGCGGACGUGCACGAAAAAAGAAUACCAGCACCGGGUGUUCCAGCUGCUGCGCUACAGGGAUCUGAGGCAGGGAGACUAUUGUGCCGCUCGGUUGUCCUCUCGUGACUGGUGGAUCCUGGCAAAGGUUCUGAAGGACUACAAGACGACCGCCCUGGCCCCGUCGUACACGUCGUCCCCGCUCGAGUUCCUGGCCAUGUCGGACACCCGGCGGGACGCCCUCUUGCAGAAGGAACGGGUUCUGCUGGAAGACGUGGAAGACCAGCAGGCGACCGCCGGAACCCAGGUGGUCCGGAGCCUGGUCUUGCCGCUGCCGAGGAGUUCCGCGGAGGCGAACGAAUGGGCCAGCAAGCUCAUCAAAAAAGGGAGCCGCGUGUACGCCAUGUAUCCGGAAACAACGGUCCUGUAUGCGGCGACCGUUAUCGACGGCAGCACGUAUUGCCGCGGCGACGACGACAUUAUUGUAGUGCAGUUCGAUGAGGAAGAGGCAGAUCUGAGGACGGGAACCUUCCCUUCUUAUCACGUGAGUGCACCGAAUUAUGUGACAGGGAAAACCGAAAGGCAAAUCGAUUUUGGUACAAAUAUUGUAGUUGUUGUAGUAGUAGUAGUUGUUCUUGUUGUUGUCGUUGGUKGUGGUGGUGUCGAUGUUCGUUCUCUUCUCUCCUCCGUUGCACUCACAGUUGCAUUUUUAACUCGUCGCCUAUCGUAGAUUCCUGCACGCUUUGUCACAUUGAUUCCACGAGAAUUCCCGGCGUCUCAGUCGGGACGCGGCGGUAGCACGGCGAAAUUAUCCAGCAAUGCUUCCUCUGCUUCUUCGUCUAACAACAAGCGCAAAUCGUCUGCGGCCUCUUCUCCCAGCAACAACAAGAAACGGUCGGGCGCUACAAAUACUGGUGCUGCUGUCGGCAAUGGGUUCCUAGACCCGCUAUUCGACGAUGGAUUGGGGGGAUUCGACGACCUGGAUCUUGAUUUCGACAAGCCAUUGGACGCACACGAACAGGGGGAUCAAGAGAAGUUCGAUCCGUUUUAAGAAAGUUGCACAAUUCAGUCAGGAAUUUCACGUUUCUGCCUGCUGCAGGAAAACGGAUGCAUAUAUCUCGUGGAAGGGGAACAAAAUAAAACCACAGCMAAUGAGGUCUUGUGUUUAUGGCCGUGUAAGCUUCUAGUAUAAAUUCUAAAAUGCUUU